UAACCGUUACCAAGUAACGAGUUACUUGUAACGAGUUAGGCACAACUCUGCGUGACGCGUAUAUAGUGCGCGUGAAGGGUAUAGUAAGUUGGUAUAGGCGUACUAUAUAUAUACACAGCCAUGUUUAUAUAGCAAGACGAUGCACUAACAUUUUUAACCAGUCGUGGCUUCAAAUUUUUUCUGACAAAAUACAAACACAAAAGAACCAUAUGCUGUGAUUACCAUAUUAUUUGAAGAAUUUAUACGUAUAAUUGCUGGUAUAUAAUAUAACGUAAAUAGCGAUACGAUAAAAGACCCCCGGAAAAGUCCCCCCACCGGUAUAUACUCCCUCAGUGUUUGUCGCCACAGUCUUUUGCUCGUUCCGUUUACUUUACACGACCGUCACCCUGAAGAUAUCAAAUCCCUCGGAAGUAUAUAGCUCAAACCGCGGUGGUGAGCCACAAGAACUUCGGCUUCUGCGCGCAGGAAGUGCGAUUUUAUGAGGUAUAUAGCUUUUCUGGGGGCUCAGGCGAUGUGUGUUUUAGGGGUCUCUGUUGACGAAGAAGGAUCUUGUGUUAUACUGCACGCCGAACCUCGGUGCUGGUUAUCUGGCUUCCGCUAUACCUUUAUUGGGUGGGGAUUGUAAAGGAGUCGAGUGGAUUGUGGGCUGUAUUAGAGCUUAACGCUGGCGGGGCUUCCGUGCAUGCGGUGUUUCACUGUAUAUACGCAUACGAAGAAGGUCGCUGUUAGCAUGUUCAGUUGAUUGCUAUUGUGCUAAUGCUGUACUGACAAUGGUUACAGCGAAAUUAAACUGUAAUGCAGUGAUAAUAACAGUAGUAAUAAUAACUUUAUUUUUGUUUAGGUGCCCCAAAACAACCACUAUAGGGUCUUCUUAUUGGUGCACCACAAAAUGUUAUAUACAUGUUUAAGUAGGUUACGAAAAACAGAGACAUUCAAAUAUAUACCAAUAGAUAAAUAAAUAUAUACCAUAGCGACGGUUAAACUUGGUAGUGUUUUUUUUUUUCUUCUUCUUUUCUUCUUAGAUAUGUGUUUUAUAGGAACGCGGAGAGACUUCUUUUGGUCGUCUGGGGAAAGACAGAUUUUUUAUCCACAGUUGAAUCUGCGAGCGAUUUGCAUACAAAUAAAAAGUGUCUACCUCUAAAUUGUUCUGUUGCUUUUCCUUCUGCGCGAGAAGAAGAACAACAGCAACUUGUUUAAGUACUAGCAAAGAACAAGAAGGUACAUGCGACAUCUUCUGCUCUUUUUGUUCCACCGUUAGUUAUCCGACAGCCGCGUAUGCGAUUCAGAUUCAAUAAUCUCGCGCCGUCUAUUUGAAUAGUCGCCUUGCAAUUACGCUUCAUACACACGUAUGACAUGCUUUUUUAACAGAAGGGCCGGAAAUCUGAUAGCGGCGUUUCCGUAAAUGGAGGAAUUGCGACAAAAAUUCGCUCACACAUCCCGCAAAUGUUUGAGAAAAAGAAAAAAAAACGGAUCGUGAGAGAAGAAAUCCAGUCGGUCGAACACGUACCCGCCGCCAAAGUACCCGCCAUACCCAACCGGCAGAGAUGCCGCAGCCACGCCGACUGACGCGCUUCAGCGCGAGGCGCGUCGCGAGAGAGAAGCGGCAGUGCACGUGACCUCCCUCGCCUUCUGAUUGGCCCCGAGCGCGCGGGCGAGCGCGCGGGGAGAGGGAACCGGUACAAAACUGCUCCGCGUUCCUCCACCCCAUCAGCUAUAUCAUCCGCAGACGAGCGCGUCGCGUGAUUCUGCGUCCCAAGUUUUUUUUUGUGUUCUAUGCGCGCAAAGAACGCGAGCUCAACGACGUUCACGAUGCUGUCCAGGUAGCGACGACUUCACAUUUCACCGUCAACCCAUUUUGGAUUACGAUGGAUUGUUGUGCGUGCUGCGGAUUUCUCCGGCCCUUCGACGGAGGAUUUUGUGUGGCAAUGUGUGUGUGAUCUGUGGUGUUGUUGUUGUUGUUGUAUCUGCAUAUCGGCACCCCCCUUGUUGGAUUAAGUGAGGUGAACCUCCCAAGAUGCGUCUGCCUCGGUUACCAAGGCGGACUGAAGCCUUCGUACUGUGCAUUCUGGCCAUGGUCGUCCUACCUCAGGGGUGUCAAUCAUCUGGUGUCUUCGAGCUCCGUCUUGGGUCCUUCCGCGACGCGGCAGGUCUGGACGCCGAAGGUUCCUGUUGCUCGACGGGUUUACCGCGGGGAUCCAAGGGCACGACGUGCCCGGGUCCCUGCCGAGCUUCGUUCCGGGUCUGCCUGAAGCACUACCAGAAAACCAUCGACCUCACUUCUCCGUGCACGUUCGGUGAGCUCAGUACUCCCGUGCUCGCCUUCAACGGUACGCAGCAGCCAGCCAUUCGGUUUCCCUUCGAGUUCUCGUGGCCGGGAACGUUUUCACUGAUCAUCGAAGCCUGGCACGAGAGUGACCCCGCCGUUGCGUCAUCAGACGGUCCCCGACAUCGAGCGCUGAUCCUGCGCGUGGCGACGCAGCGCUGGCUGAAAGUCGCGGAGUCGUGGACGGAGGACGAGGUCCGAGGGGACCACGGGGCGUCCCUGUCCUUCGGUUUCCGCGUCCUCUGUCAGGAACACUACUACGGCUCCGACUGCGCCAAGAUCUGCAGACCGCGAGACGACAAGUUCGGCCACUACACCUGCAGCGCCCAGGGAGACCUCGUCUGCCUGAACGGGUGGAAAGGGGAAUACUGCGCCAAAGCGAUCUGCCUGCCUGGCUGCAAGGAACCUCAGGGUGACUGCGAUAGACCCAACGAGUGCAAUUGCCGCAUCGGCUGGGAAGGCAAGUACUGCGACCAGUGCACCCGGUACCCCGGUUGCCUGCACGGCACCUGCUCGCAGCCGUGGCAGUGCAACUGCGACGAGGGAUGGGGAGGUCUCUUCUGCAACCAGGACCUCAACUACUGCACCAACCACAAGCCCUGCCGCAACGGAGGCACCUGCACCAACACGGGCCAGGGCUCUUACACCUGCACCUGCCCGCAAGGCUUCGCCGGCAAUAACUGCGAACUGCGCGAGGAGCCGUGCGCUGGGAACCCGUGCCAGAACGGGGGAACCUGCGCGCCGUUGGCCUCCGACGAAGAAGGCUUCGCCUGUCACUGCAAGUCUGGCUUCGUCGGCCAACGUUGCGAAUCCGAGGCUAGUCCCUGUCUAGGCAGGCCCUGCGCCAACGGCGGCACCUGCGUUGACGCUCCUCAAACGAACCAAGGUUAUCGGUGCCUGUGCCACGGCGCCUUCGAAGGGGAGACCUGUCUGCUGCAGAAGGAUCCGUGCGAGCCGUCACCCUGCGCGAACGGUGGCAGUUGCGUGCACGGGGCCGGUGACCCCGGGGGCUACCGCUGCGUUUGUCCCUUGGGCUUCAGUGGGGCCCACUGUCAAGAAAACAUCGACGACUGCGUCGGCGAUCCCUGCGUCAACGGCGGCACAUGCGUCGACGGCGUCAACGACUUCCGUUGCCACUGCGUGCCUGGAUUCGUGGGCCCCCAGUGCCAGAUCAACGUCGACGACUGCCUCACGUUCCCCUGCGCGAACGGCGGAACUUGCAGCGACCUGGUCAACGACUACAAGUGCACGUGUCAGCCCGGUUUCACCGGCAAAGACUGCUCGGUGAACGUCAACGACUGCGUCUCCAGUCCGUGCCUCAACGGUGGAACGUGCUUCGACAGGGUGGCCGGGUUCCACUGCGAGUGUCCCCCGGACUUCACUGGCCGCCGCUGCGAACAGAGGCCCUCGUUGGCCCCUCGGGUGGCCAUGAGGGGUUCGGCGGGGGCCCACGAGGCCCCAAAGUCCUCGCUGGAGGAAGACGAGAGACUGUCCAGCACGCAGGUGGCCCUCAUCGCCACGCUUUCCGCCCUGGUGCCCGUGCUGGCGCUGACAGCGGUGCUCCUCAUCGUGUGCCACAGGAGGAGGUGGCGCGAAAAGAGGGACGCCGAGGCGGUGCAGCGCCAAAAUGAACACAACGCGGUGCACAGCAUGAACAAUAAGCUGGCGGACAGCCAGAUAGUGAAUGACUUGGAGAAGCCCCUCCAGAAGCGGGUCAACAACGUGGAGGGCAGUGAUGUGAAAGGGGGCACGUUGCCCCUGGGCAAGGCCCCCAGCAGCAAGGUGCUCAAUGUGGACUGCGCGACGGCGCGCAGCAGUAAACUGUUGGACGAGAGUGAGUGUGUGUACGCGAGCACACGGACGUUGAAUCGGCUGCAGGGCAGCUGUGUGGGGGGAGGUGCCAUAGCCAAGGUUGGAGCGGCGUCCUCCUCUAAAAGCUGUGAUUCCAGUCUGAGCGAGGAAGGCUCGUCACCAAAGUUGUGCCAGCCGCCGCAGCCAAGCAGUAGCGGCGUCUACGUCAUUGAGGACCACUACAAAGACGAGAGCCUCCUCGCCACCGAAGUCUAGGAUAGUCACCACCACCACCACCACACACAUAUCAUCCACCGUUGCGCGUCCUCAUCAUCACCCCGUUGUCAACCCAAAGAGCUUUGUUUCUUUCGUUUCUCCGUGUCUCUCCCGUCCUAACUUAUUUGUGAGAAGAAAGAAAGAGACGUCAUUUUUUUUCUUUUUUUUAAAAAAAAGCACGUGCCAGGGGGAUGGGCCCCUCCGCCUACCCCUCGAGAGCGUACCUGCCUUGCGUUGUGUCGAGAACUUCUUUGUGAGAAGUGCAGUCUUUGCAUUUUUUUUUUUUUUUAAAUCGUUGCAUGUCUCCAGGGCCUCUCUCCAAGUGCUUGCUCCUACUAGGAAAGAAGAAAAAGUUGCAAGGAAAAAACGGCUAGCAAACUAUGUACAUAGACAGCGUUCACUUGUACAGAGCAAUCUAUGGAAAAUAUUAUUAUUAUUAUUAUUAUUAAUUAUUAUUAUUAUUAUGAAGAGAGGUAGGAGAGAGGCGCAGACUACUCCCAGUGCAAGUCAGACACUGUAAUUUAUUCCUGUCCCCCUUCUUUCUGCGAAGGGAGUGUUGAGUCGUAGCCAGGCCAGUGUUGCCGUCGAGAGAGAGAGAUUUUUAAAAAAAGAUUUCUUUUUUUUUUCCUUUUAUGUUUGGCUUGGAGCGAGCCAGGUUGUACCAAAAAAAAAAAGUACAUUGUUCACAUUGUGUAUCACAUGCAUCAGUCAUUUCAUGCUGUUUUUAAGAGACUUCAAAACAAACUUUGUUUGAGGAAGAAGAAAAAGGACAUUUUUUUUCCAGUCCAAAAAUGUUUCCUUUUGUGUUGUACAGUUCGACUAUAAUUUAAGAAGAUCAAUUUUUUUACCUGUAAAUAGUGUAUAUUUAUGAAUCACUAGGAAGAGACUACUUGACUGUAAAUAACAGCAAAGAAAAGAAAUGCGUUCAAUAAAUGAAGAGACUGUUAUUUUUGCA